AACCUAGGGCGAACGGACCUAUUACCGAUUAGAGGGCGCUGAAUUAAAUAUGUCGGAAGAAGGAGCAGGUGAAACCACGAGGGUUAAACGUCAAAAGAUAGAUGACUCGGACUCGUUUUUUAGGGAUUUUUUAAAGAAGGAAAUUGAGAGAGAGUUAUUAGAGGAGGCAUAUACGUCUUUGUGUCGAGGAUCUUCAGAUAUGGUUUUUCGGAUAUUAAAAGUAAUGCAGACCAAUGCUCUUCUCAGUGAGGGAUUCUCGCGUGCAUCUUGUAAAGUUAAGAUGUAUGAAAAAGAAAGGACUGAUAAAAAGCCGCUCGCCCGUCUUUAUGCAGCUGGGUCUAUUUUUAAAAAUGGUAUUUACAUUUUAAAGAAAUUCCUGGCUCCAAACCCGGAAGUUCCGGUAGAUGGAGAACAAAGAGAAGCUUUAAGAAAAUUGUUGAAUUUCUUACUUCAGG